CUGUGUGAAUCUAAGAUCACAAAUGCGCUUAUGGUCAGCAGGGACAGGAUGAAGAUGUGGAUCACUCUUUUUGUCAUCACACUCAUCUGCUUUUCUACAAUUCAGGCGGAAAACUGUGACACCACUGUUCAAGAGUGUAAGAAGCAGUCCAGCGUCAACUGGAUCAGGUGUUAUGAGCAUAGAAUUGCAUCAUGUACAUGGAACAGAAAAGGGAGGAAAGUGCCACCAGGCUUCAUUCAGGACAACUUCUCUUCAUCUCAUGAGGUUAAAGUGAGUCCUACACUUCAGCACAGGGUGCACAUCCCGUCCUCAGCUCUCCAGAGCAGCAGAGCAGCUUCUGCUGAGCAGGGUGUGUUGCUGGUGAUCUCUGUGCUCAACAGCUCCCACUUUGAGGUCAGUCCACCUCCUCCUCCAGCUAAGGGGAGAUUAUUCACAACCUCUACCCGCGUGGACGGCACUGUCAUGGACGGGUCAGUCUUGUUCGUGAGCGUGGGGAACCAUUCACUAAGUAACCUGUUAGAGCCCGUCAGACUAAUCUUCAAACGUAACAAGAAGGUUCAAAAUGGCACGUGUGUGUAUUGGUAUGACCUGAUGCAGGAUGGAAAAGGUCACUGGAGCAAAGAGGGCUGUGACACCACCUACAACGACAUUGAAUUUAUUUGCAGCUGCAGCCACCUCAGCUUCUUUGCCGUGCUUGUGAACCCUGAAAUAUCAGUGACCAGAAGUAAUGCUGUGAACCUCACCUACAUCACCUCCACUGGAUCGUUGCUGUCUGUCAUACUCACAAUCAUCAGCUUGGCCAUCUACAUGCAUCUACAACGACGACGUCCGGACAAGGCCAUCGGUGUGCAUAUGCAUCUGACCGGCGCACUGCUGUGCCUACAUCUCUGCUUCCUGCUGUGUAGCCUGUGGGCGUGGCUGGAUCAAGGGGAGGAAGACUGGGUGUGCCAGGCUGCCGGACUCCUGCUACAUUGGUCACUUCUGGCCACCUUCAGCUGGGUGGCUCUGGAGGGCUUCCACCUCUACCUGCUGCUGGUCCGAGUCUUCAACAUCUAUGUGAGGAGAUACCUGCUCAAACUCAGCUUGCUGGGCUGGGGUUUUCCCACAGUGAUUGCAGCGGUUUGUGGGAUUUCAGGAGCCUAUGGCAAAUAUACUGUGUCACUGAGUGGCAGCAUCAACCAAACAGCAGCAAAUAUAUGCUGGAUCAGAAACGGUUCCUCGCUGGUCACCUACAUCACGGUGGUGGGCUUCCUGGGCCUGGUGCUGCUGUGUAACUCCUGCAUGCUGGGGCUGGUGGUGGUGAAGUUGUGGGGCAUGAGGGACAGCAGGGAAGGCAGCUGUGGCCUGAAGCAGCCGCACAAAGAGAACAGAGCCAGGCUGUGGAAGAACACUGCCACCGUGCUCGGCCUCAGCUGUGUCCUCGGGUUACCCUGGGCUUUAGCCUGUGGCACCUCCUCCUACAACCCUGCUGGGAUCUACCUGUUCACCAUCUUCAACUCUCUGCAAGGUGUAUUCAUGUUCCUGUGGUCCCUGGCUUUGUCCUGCAAGACUCGGUCAGACUGUAACUCCUCAGUCAAAGACCCGUCCACUCAGAAGAUGAUGGAGACCAGCUUCAACAGCUGAAUCUCAAGGCUAAAACGAAUUAUUUCAUGUGCACAGCCUAUAUUAGGUCUGUAAUGGGCCAUGGCCUCCACUUGUGUUCUGCCACACUUUCUGAUUGUUUUGCUCCUGUAAAUAAACACUGCUGUGAAAAUAUGCGUCAUCCCUACCCUCGGCUUUUGCGACAUUUGACAUCUUUACGGCAAGCAGACCCAGACAAAGAUCGUCUAUCUUCCUGUAAGGGGAGUCACUCAGUGAGUUGUUGCGCUUUGGCGAGGGAAC